UGGGACAACUGGUCAUUCUGGAGUCCAUGUUCCAGGACUUGCGGACAGGGGGUUAAAGUCAGGACCAGGCAAUGUUUGGUCUGGGACGGGGAGAAGUUCUCGAGAACUCAUAUCACUGGAUGUAAUGGUGCUGACAUCAGAUAUAAAGUCUGCCACAGACGGAAAUGUUCCCGACAAGAAGGAGACUAUCGUUCACAACAGUGUAGUUUAUUAAGCAGAAAACCAUUCUUGACCACAAAGUAUUCAAAAUGGCUACCAUCGCAUUCUCUAGAUAGACCUUGUUAUCUUCACUGCCGACCUGACAUCGGAAGUAGAAGUUAUAAUUUUGGUAAAGUUCAAGAUGGAAUCAAGUGUUAUAAAACCGGAAGUAGUGUAUGUAUCAGUGGUAAAUGUAAGAAAGUUGGAUGCGACGGUGUUGUCGAGUCGACGGUUUCUCCUGAUAUGUGUGGUAUUUGUAAUGGUAAAAACUCCACGUGUUACCGUGUCUAUGAUACUGUUCUCUCUGAAUUCCCACAAUUUCCUGAUUACACUAGAAUAGUGACCAUACCACGUGGUUCCAGAAAUCUAAAAGUUCUGGAUUAUAGUAGGAAUAAUUUAGCUCUGAUGAACCAAGAAAAUCAGUUUAUGAUAAACGGAGAUCGACUGGUACGAGAUGGCGGUGAAUAUAAAAUGGCGGGAACGACAGUGACGUAUAUUAGAUCAGGAACAGUGGGAGAAAUUAUAAUGGCGGAUGGUCCUAUUACUGAGAAUAUUACUAUCAUGCUUUUGUACAGGCAGAAAAAUCAUGAGAUAAAAUAUGAAUAUUGGGAACCUAAG